AUGGAUGCCCCCAACAGCACGCCAGACCAGGAAAAAGAAGGAAAACAGCAGCCCAGUGAAUUGCCAAUCCUCUGUGAAAAAGACAAUUCACAGGAAGCUUCUGGUCAUGUCCCUCAAUCGCUCUCUCCCUCGCAACAGCAAACAGAAACAAGGCAUACCUUGGCGACCGAGCCCUUUCAACCCACCUUGAAGGUGCUAGCAGACCUCGAACGCGACGAUCCCAAGUUCGCCUUUCCAGCAGCUCGACUUGUUGGACUCUAUCGA